CACCCACAUCUCGCGAGAGCUCAGUCGCCCAGAGGGUCUCGCGAGGACUGGUCCCGGAGUCCGGCCUGAAGCUGCGGAGCGCGGGUCUUGGCCCCGGGAAUCGACUGGUCCUUUCCGUUGUCGGCGUCUCUCGACAGGAGCCAUAUACUAAAGACAAUGUCUGGAAGCUUCUACUUUGUAAUUGUUGGCCACCAUGAUAAUCCAGUUUUUGAAAUGGAAUUUUUGCCAGCUGGGAAAGCAGAAUCCAAAGAUGAUCAUCGUCAUCUGAAUCAGUUCAUAGCUCACGCUGCUCUUGACCUUGUGGAUGAAAACAUGUGGCUUUCAAACAACAUGUACUUGAAAACUGUGGACAAAUUCAAUGAGUGGUUUGUGUCAGCAUUUGUCACUGCAGGCCAUAUGAGAUUUAUUAUGCUUCAUGAUAUAAGGCAAGAAGAUGGAAUAAAGAACUUCUUUACUGAUGUCUAUGAUUUAUAUAUAAAGUUUGCAAUGAAUCCAUUUUAUGAACCCAACUCUCCUAUUCGGUCAAGUGCAUUUGACAGAAAAGUUCAGUUUCUUGGGAAGAAACAUCUUUUAAGCUGAAUGCAGAAAAAUUUCAAAAUAAACAAUGUCACAAUGGGAUAUACUCAGGAAUGUGUACAUUGUAAGUAACUUGAUUAAAUCACCUAGAAAACUUGUACUUGUCCCAGUUUAUCUAAAUCUAAUGGAAUUUCUUCUAUAACUUAAAAAUAGUACAUUGUUUCAUGUUGGUAUUUGCUUGUGAAGUGUUAGUUAUAAAGAGCUCUUUAUCAAAAAUUUGAAAUGUUUGUAUUCAAAAGUUGAGAAGCUUUUGACUUUCCUUAUCCAGAUAGUUUAACCUUGAUGUAGGAAUUCAAAAAAAACAAAUGUCGGGCCGGGGAUUUAGCUCAGUGGUUCUGGCGCCUGCCGAGCAAGCACAAGGUCCCGAGUUCGAUCCCCAGUACCAAAAACAGAAAAACAACAAAUGUCAUAGUCAAGAUUUGGUAGACAGAUUUAAAACUAAAAGAUUCUGCAGAAUGGAAUGAAAUUGAUAGCACAUAUGAUGACUUGUACUUUAGAGAUAUUAUAAAUUUUUCUAACAGCACUACCUAAGAAGCUGAAGCAAAACGCUUUUGCAGUACUAAAUGUUGUAUGCCCGCCUCUGCAGGGACUGGGAAUAGUGAUCCUGUAUAAUUUUAGAAUCCUGGACCCAUAUGUGUAUGAUGGACCAAAAUUACAGACCAUGGUGAAAUAUGUUGCCUCUAUCACUGUAUGUUCUUGUAUUUCCUUUUAGGAAAGUAAACUGGGACUUGAAUAAACCAAUACCUGUACUUAUAAAAAGUUGUAAUACAGUUUAAGAACUGUUAUUAAAAGAAAAGGUUGGGUUACAUUAACAUUUGCACUUGGCCUUUUAGGCUAUUAGAGGCAGCCACAAGUAGUCUCUUCUGUACUGUACUAAGUGUGUGAUUUUAAUGUAAAAUAGUUACUAUCCAUGGAAAA